AUGCCGACUCGCAUCUUCAAGAACUGGGUGGCUGUGAGCGAGAACGACUCGAACCCUGCCGAGUCCAACCCUCCACAACUUCGACUUCCUAACGCCCCGGCCUUUGGCAAGAGUGUGGCAACCCAGGUUAACCCCCGUUUCGAACUUCUACUUCCUGGCGAGCCAAUCGCCAUCGAUAUUGAAUUCCAAGACUUCAAGAACAAGGACACUGGCUUCCGCUGGCGCCACCGCCUUGCGUGGUUCGCUGCAUUGAACACUAGGGGAGAGACGGUGUUGGAUGUCUUCGUGCAGUACCCGCCUGACGAGGAUACCGAAUUCCAGCUACCACGCGCGAAAGGCAAGACCUUCGGGGUAACCCGCCAGCUACUUACUCUCAAGAAUGGCGCUGUCAAAGCCGCAGUCGUCGAGCCCAUGUGUGAAGCCCUCUUCCGUGGCCGUCCGGUGGUCCUUCACGGCGGUCAACACGAUCUCACGGCGUUUCAAUAUUGCAACCCCUACCAGGGCGCCACGGCCGUCUUCGACACUCAGCGUCAGUGGGCUGGUGACUCCCAGAUACCUGAAGAGAGCAGAGCGAAGCCAGGACUUGCAAUUCUGGCCCAAUCGGUUCUGGGUCGAGUCGUUCAGGCAAACGGUGCUCACAGCCCGGUAGAAGAUGCCCACGCCACCAUGGUCCUUCACCUCAUGAAGGGCCCUUACGAUCGCGAGGCGGAGGCGAAGAAGUGGAAGGGUGUCUGGGAGACUCAGCAGACGCAGCAGGUGCCAUACCCCUUGCCUACCAUCAACCAGAACUUCAACCAACACUCGACGCGCGGAAACCACACUGUGAGCGGCUCUCGCGGCGGUCACCAGGUCAUCAAUACCAGCAGCGGCCAGAACGGCCAGAUCGUCAGCUUCAAUGGCAACAUCACUCACAACCACGUCGAAGUGAAGAACUUCUAUUCCACAGUCGCUGCUCGUGGUCAUCAGGCUGCCACCCGUGCGCGCGCUGGACGUGGUGCGAGUCGUGGAGUUUCUCAGGGUCGCGGAGCUUUCCAAGGCGCUGUUCGUGGUGGUGGGCUUCAAGGUGGUGCUAGCGACAAGCUGAACCAGUGGUAG